GCAAAGCUGUACUUCGGCAGCGCCGAAGGCCUUGGCCCAUGGCGCAUACUCAUUUCUACCAAAGCAGACAAACACUUACGCCAGGCGUGGAAGAAGACUCCUAAUAUGUUCGAUAUUUUCAUCAAGAAGAUAAAGGAGCUCAGCAAUGGGCACUUCUCUUUCGACAACCAGAAGGUCCUGACAGGUCCUGACACGGAUGUACUCAUCUACGAGGCGAAGAUGACGCGAGACACUCGCCUUGCUUAUCAGAUUGACUGUGUACCGGAAUUUGAGAGCACUGUAAUAAUCAAGCUAUUCGGUAUCUACACCCAUGCACAGCUUGAUAAGCGUUUCUGGGACGGCGUCGGAUAUCAGUUGGGUCGCAAGGGAAAAGAAUACAGGACUAGGUGUACUUUGGACAGAAUUACCUCAAACGUUGGGGAGCACGCACAUAUCAUCCUUCCGAAGAUAUUCCCGCCACUACGAGAGGUUCCGGUCGAAUCUCCUUCAUCUCGCUUGCCAGAUUUGCACAAAGACGAUCUGGAGAAGGUGUGCGCCCACUUUCGAGUAUCUCUGCUCUUGGAGAAAUAUGUUACAUUCUCACAAGUACGUAAUAUAUUAACGGAUCUGAAAUUAGGCAUACUUGCCGAUGCGGACGUUUCCCACGUCUUUGACGUCUCUGCGAUGGAGAAAAAGAUCAUUGAGCACCCAUUUUCGUGCUAUGUCAUCGGUAGAAGUGGUACAGGGAAAACAACGACGAUGCUGUUCAAGAUGCUUGGCAUUGAACGCUCAUUCCAGCUGAUGCAGAAUGAUGCCAUGCAUAGGCCUCGCCAGAUGUUCGUAACACAGUCGCGUGUCCUUGCGGAGAAAGUCAAGGAAUUCUUCAUGAAGUUGCACGAAUCCUUGUUGAGCGCGGACAAGUCACCCGAAGAGAUCAAGGCAAUCGUUGCCGCACGGCAAGCACGGCAGGCGCGAGGUCUCGUCGAUCAAGACGAGGAGAUUGAUUGGCGAGGGGACCUCCCAAAGCGCUUCAGCGACCUGAAAGACGAGCAUUUCCCGAUGUUUGUUACAUAUCAUCAGGUCGGUCUUAUUUUAGAUGGGCUGCGUCAGCAUUGUGUUCAACAUAGUCAUGAAGCUCUGUCGUCUCCUGGAAGCCGACAGGAUAGGGCGGCCUUCGUCUCUUACCAGACUUUCCUCAGUUCGUAUUGGCCUCAUUUCCCUCAGCAUUUAACGAAAGGACUGGAUCCCUCAUUGCUGUUCGCAGAAUUCAUAGGUGUUCUCAAAGGUUCUGAGGCGACAUUGAACGGCGCGAACACAUAUCUGAACCAAGAACAAUACUUCGAUCUCAGCCAUCGCUCUCAAGGCACCUUCACUACCCAGCGUGAAACAGUAUACAUGCUGUUUCAGGAUUAUUGCAAGAUGAAGCGAGAACGUGGUGACUAUGAUGCGGCGGAUAGGACCCAUGCAAUUCUAAGGCGACUUCGCAAAGGCGUUCCAGGGCAACUUAUAGACUUUGUCUAUAUUGACGAGGCGCAAGACAAUUUGCUCAUUGAUGCCUUAGUCUUGAGGACUAUCUGUAGUAAUCCGGAUACUGGGCUUUUCUGGGCAGGCGAUACGGCGCAGACAAUAUCGAUGGGAAGCGCAUUUCGCUUCGAUGAUCUUAAGGCAUUCUUGUAUAGAAUUGAGGUUCGAUAUGGUCGACCACGGAAACGACAACAACCACAGCCGCACCUGUUCCAGCUUGCAGUCAACUACCGUUCACAUGCCGGCAUCGUAAACUGCGCUCAUUCUAUAAUCGAGUUGGUUACUCAAUUCUGGCCGCACGCCAUCGACAAACUUGCGCCUGAGAGAGGCAUCAUUGAAGGUCUCAAGCCCGUCUUCUUCACAGGUUGGGACGACGACACUGUGCGAUAUGAGCAAUUCUUGUUUGGUGGAUCAGGGAGUCCCGUAGACUUCGGCGCAACUCAGUGUAUUAUUGUUCGUGACGAUGAUGCGCGAAAACGUCUCCGCGCUCAAGUUGGCGAUAGAGGGAUCAUAUUCAUAGUGUAUGAGAGCAAGGGGCUCGAGUUCAAUGAUGUUCUCUUGUACAAUUUCUUCGCUGAUGCUACCGUUGAUAUGGCGCAAUGGCGAGUCGUCCUCAAUGCACUGUCCGAAACCCAGGAAGACAAGCUCAAAGCCCCAACCUUCAACGAUGCUCGCCACAACGGUGUCUGCCGUGAUCUCAAAUUCCUUUACGUUGCAGUCACCAGAGCGCGCAAAAAUCUCUGGAUUGUGGAUAGUUCUGCCAAAGGCAAACCUAUGCAGGUCUAUUGGGCCUCGAAAAAUCAGAUUCAGAUUUGCACACCAGGAUCUGACGUUCCUCGUCUUGCAGUAUCUUCGACACCGGAGGAAUGGGCAAAGACUGCUCUCACGCUUUUCAACAAGAAGCGUUAUUCACAAGCCAUGCACUGCUACGAGCGAGCUCAAAUGCAUCGGGAGAGAGCUAUAACAUAUGCGUACUACCUUCGAGAGCGAGCUCGCUCUACCCCCGCCAAUCUCCGAGACAAUAGCCCAUCACGUGAGGCAGCAUUCAAGGCUGCGGCUGAUGCAUUCUGGGAUUCCGCCAAAAGUACAGUCCUAGAAAAGCGCGCAUACUUUCGUAUUUCUGCGGGUUGCUAUGCCGAAAGCGGUAACAAUACGAAAGCUGCAGAGGCUUACAUACAAGCAGCUGAGUACACUCUAGCCGCGCAAUACUACCGCAAGGAGGGGAUGUUCGAUGAAGCUGUUAACGUCAUUGAGUCACAUCGUCAAGAAAUGGAUCAUACGAUUGCAGACUCCAUCUAUAAUAUCUCUCGACUGGAAUACUUGCGAGCCCGCAAGCUGAAACGGGCAAGAGAGCUCUUCGAAUCUGACGAAGAGGCGCUGGAGUUUAUGGAUGAUUAUGGCCUAGACGUUGUCCAGACAAUUUAUCUAGUGGAGUUGAAGCGAUUCUCCGAGGCAGCCGAGAUUCACCUUGCAGAAGGUCGCACUUUCGAUGCCAUCAAAACCUUUCUGCAGGACAAGGACAAUCUGAAUUCUGUUCGGAGCGCUUGCCAGUGCCUCCUCGAUGCUCUCUGGCGUGGACUACCCCUUGGUCUAACACCAGAGUCAGCGAUUGCGAGGCGUAAUGCGACACUUCAGGAGCUUAUUCGCAUGGCACAUGAAUUUAGCAUUGAUGAUCUGGAUGAACGACGUCGAGAUGAGCUCUUCAUGUUCCAAGCUAUCGUCGCGAAUGACUCGGCAAAGCUCCUGGAAUUGGGACAUCGAUUUCACCGCCGACACGGUAAUCGAGCAGCAGCACUACGAUGCCUUGAUCAUGUGUUCACCGACUUCCCCGAGCUGCUGGGAGCAUCGGCGGCUGAAAUCACCACGUCGCUACAACACUUCUUACUAUACGUUCAAUGGUUGCAAAGGUAUGCCUUCGCCGACAAUCCGUGCGACGACAAAGAUAUCCAGCGGCUUCUUGGAUUCCAAAACUCCACCCAAGACUUCUUCCUCGUAUUCAAUGAUACCCAUCUGCGUUCUCUGUGCAACAAUCAUAAAACACCAUCGCUGCGAUCAACCCAGAAAGGCGUGCAGGUCCUGCGUGUCGGACUCGAGAGAAUAAUCAAAGGUAUUCUACGAGAGCGAUUGCAUCGCAAGGUCCGGGAAGAAAACAAGUUAUGCUACAGGCUAAGAGCUUUGCGCCCUUGUAUAGGAUACACCGUAUAUGGGAGGUGCAUCCAGAUGGAAUCUGGACAAUGUUCACGGGAACACCUGGAUACGAAAGACGACAAGAAUGAUGCCUACAAUCAACGCGUUCGAGCCAUUCUUCAGCAAAUUUUGAUCUACCAUACCAUCUAUUACAUCGAACCUCUAUAUGAACGCGACGAGCAACGUCGCUUAAUUAGCUAUUGGCUUCGCCGGUUAUACGAAACGCUCAACCCAUCUGUCUGCAAGUUGGGUUCAUCUACAGAUCUGAACCGCCUCACGAUACCCGAAUUCGAAGAUGCCCUGCAUGCCAUUAGGUGUUGGAUACUCGAUUGGCUUCGUCAUUUGCAGCCAUUUGGAUCAACGUUUUUGAGUUCGUUCAUCGGAGCUGUAUCAUUAUACGCCGCCUUUCAUCCUACGCAUGCCAGCCGCCAUGUUCCACGUCUUGAUUGCGUUCGCGUGACAAGACCUGGUACGCUAAUGAGACAAGGGGUUACGGGAGCGGUCUAUGUCGUCCACGAUCUGCUUGCCUUCAUGAACAACUGCACCAGGACGGCGCUGACGCAAGGAACCCUCUUCAUUGAUCACAUUCUCGAGAAUCACGUUCCCAUCGACGCAGGAGACAUCUGCAACAUCGUAGACCACCUUUGCGGGUUAUUGAUAUUGUCCUAUCGCUCUCAAACCGGAAUUAAUCUUCACGAUGUCAUUCUACCCAAGAGCUGGCUACUUCGGCUUACUAGUAGUUUCGACAAGCUAGAAGGUAGAGAGAUCAGGUUUGUAGAUCUAUACCUCAGAUCUAUGGCACAGCUUCUCGAGCGGAUGUAUAUGGCUGGGAUACGCGCAGAACAUCUGCUAUUUGAGAAUAUCAAUAUAGCCUCCACGGACCAGCAAAUCAGGAACACUUUCGUAGCUGCAAGAAUCUGUAAGUGCUUCAAAUUGUUACAUCCUUCAGCAGGCAUAUCCAAAUCCCUGAUCCCCUCGUCGAUCGGUGCGCCCUGCGUCUCCUCUCCUCUUCGAUCUUCUCACUCCUUUGUCAGAUACGCGAACGCUCGACUUUGGGAUGACCUAGCACACGAGCUCCGCCAAUACUCAUCCAAUGAUACUUCCUUCGAUGAGAUCAUACAUAUCCACAAGGCGGAAGUAACGUCACAGCAAUCACUGGCCUUGCCGGAUGUCCGACACCUCAUAUACGACAGGAUCGAGGACAUACCGAGCUUACUGGAUGCAGGAGCCACUUCGCUGCCCACGCCUACACUCAGGCGCGAGGGGACAGAAUCCAUGCGCGCUCACCAAAUAAAUUGGACGGCGAGGCCGAAAGUGGGAACACCAGCUAAGCUCGCAAAUAUCUCGCACAAUGACACACUAGCACCCCAGGACGAGGCCACAGCCAUAGUGGUGGAGGAUCGCAGCUCAACGCCUGACGCCAUCUACGAUGCAGCGCCAGAGGACACUGAUGCAGAAGCCGUCGCCGCUGCCCCAGAUGACGGCGACGUCGAGUACGAAUUCGACGACAUGGACGCAGCGCUCUCCGCCGAGGACGAUCAGGCGCGUGCAGCCGCCAUACAGCCGACCGAGGAGGAGCUCGGCGCCGCGCUCACGCUCCUCACCGUCUACCGCGCCUUCGUCCACCGGCGCGCCCAGCAAGAGCGGAGACGCACGCCGAUAACCACGCACGCCAUCAGACGUCGCGUCACCGCCGAGUUCGAGACGGCCGCGAAGACGAUGGAGUGGCCGCACCGGACGUACCGGAUGAUCUUCUUGGGGCCUCUCCCGCACGCAGUGGUCUGCCUGGAGCUGCUGCACGGCCAUCUGUUCGAGGCGAAAGGCAACGCGAAGAGGCGGCUUGUCAUGGCCAUACAUCAUGACCUGGAGGCGGUCGGGGCGCGCCUGACCGAGAUUAAGCAACUGCUGAAGGAGACGAAGCGUCUGCGCGAGGCGCUCAAGCCGGCUGCGGAUCUGCACAAGCGGCGCGACAUAGAGGAAUUGAGGAAGCGUGUUGCAGAGGUCAGUGAGUUGGCGCAGCGCGUGCCGAAGACGGAUUGGCGGGAGGACCUGGCGUUAGCAUAUAAGGGGAUCGUCCAAGCAAGAAAACAGAAGGUCAAGGAGCCAAAGCCUGAGGUGAACAUUGGCGAUGAAGUCGAAGACGACUGGUACGGCGACGACAUUUAGCUGAACCGAUAACGACCCUCGGUGCUCAGCGCUCAGGGUCGAGCCUCUUCAUUCUUGUUUAUGAAUGAAUGUCUCAUAUCCAGCUAGUCAGACAUAUUGUUCUUGUGAAGUUCCUUCUAUGA